AUGUACAAAGGGAUUGACAACCUGAAAUCCCUUUACGACCGUGCCGGGAAGACUUUCUCCGGUGGUCCUUCUGCGGCACAGGAUGCGCCGUGUCGUACUGCUCGACCAGAACAAGUACGUCAACCAUCAGUUGGGAGCGGGGCUCCCAAGUAUCCCAGGACGGGGGAUAGCCGCGCUACCGGACGAGAUAACUCGUCCGACGUCCAUUCACGUCGCGGUGGUUCAACAGCUGCUCAACCAGAUAGCGCUGGCCACCGCGAGAGUCCUCUAAUGGAGGUGGAGGAGGAGGGAAGACGCUCUCCAAACAAUCGUGGGGAAGGGUGUGUUCCCGAGAGCUUCUUUGAUCGCGUAACGCAAGGGUUACGCGGUGAUCUCGAACAUGAGCGGGACAGGCGCCUCCAACUGGCGGAUGCUGUCUCGAGGCAUCGAGCUGAGUUUGCCUUUGCUCAGCUUGAGAACGAGAGAGCUCUGACGUCUCUGCGUGACGAGCUAAGGGUAGCUCGUGGGAUUGUUGAUCGGUCUCGGGAUGAGAUAACUGCUCUUCAGACCCUUGUCGAUGCCCACCAUCGGGAGCACAAGGGUAUCUGCGAGAUGCGUGAGCGCAAGGGCGUUCUUCAUCGGAAGAAGCAGCGUACUGAUGGCACGGCUUAG